UGUUUCAACGGGCGAGGAUUUUUCGAAACCAUAGCUCUCUUGUUUCUCUUCUCUGAGAGAGAUAAUCUAAGGAGCAGAUGGCCGAGGUGAAAUCGGUGGAGUGUUGCCUGGAGAAUAAACAAACUAUUGCUGCUUCUAGUUCCUCUAUAUCUGAAAGCAGUGGCAGUGCUCUACCCAAGUCCCCUGGAAUAUGUAGCCCAACAUCCGCAUCACCCUCUCAUCGGAGAACUACUGGCCCUAUAAGGCGUGCGAAGGGUGGUUGGACGGCUGAAGAGGAUGAGACACUAAGGAAUGCUGUUGCAAUUUUCAAGGGAAAGAAUUGGAAGAAGAUAGCUGAGUUUUUCCCUGAUAGAUCAGAAGUGCAAUGUCUCCACAGAUGGCAAAAAGUUCUUAACCCAGAACUUGUUAAAGGGCCUUGGACUCAGGAGGAGGAUGAUAAAAUUGUUGCACUAGUGUCAAAAUAUGGGCCAACAAAAUGGUCAGUAAUAGCCAAGUCCCUGCCUGGUCGUAUAGGGAAACAGUGCCGAGAGCGAUGGCACAACCAUCUUAAUCCUGACAUAAAGAAGGAUGCCUGGACUUUGGCAGAGGAAUUAGCCGUCAUGAAUUUUCACUGUAUACAUGGGAACAAAUGGGCUGAAAUUGCUAAGGUCCUGCCUGGAAGGACUGAUAAUGCAAUAAAGAACCACUGGAAUAGUUCAUUGAAGAAGAAGUUGGACUUUUAUUUAACUACUGGACAACUUCCACCAAUUUCAAAGAAUAGUCCAAAAGUUGAGGUCAAAGACAAAAUAAUAUUCUCUGCAACAGAAACAAUUCUUGUUAGUUCAAAUAAAGUAGUAGAUGCGGCUACUGCAACAUCAUCAGAAACUACAGAGAUUAAUAAGCAAGAUGACAGUGGUAAGAAUCACUCAAGGAAUAUAUCAACAGCAAGAGAUGUUGGUGAUUCUUCAAAUGUCCCUGCAAAUGAAUCUGCUGAUUCUGAUUGUAUAGAAUGCAAGCCCAAGUCCUCCAAUUUAGACUUCAGCUGCUGCGACUCAGAACCAAUGUCAAGAGACAAUCCUGGAAUGAAUGGUGAACAAGCACAUGAGAAAUCUGGACUCAAUGACAAGCUAGCAAGUGAGCAUUGUAUAAAUAAUGGUGAAAUGAGUAGUAACAGGUUGACCACAAAACCUUGUUCACAGGAAGGUCCAACUUGUGGUUCUUUAUGUUAUGAACCACCGCAGAUGGAGAAUUUGGUUCCCUUAGAUUCUCUUUAUUUAAAUAUAUUCUGUCUCCAAAAUGACUACAGUUCUACCCCCGUGAUGUCUCCUGCUGGUUUCUUCACUCCACCUUGUGUGAAGGGUCGUGAAUUUUUCAAACAGACUCCUGAAUCAAUAUUGAAAAUGGCUGCUAAGACUUACCCAAAUACCCCUGCCAUAUUGAGGAAGAGAAGGACUGGAGUCCAGACACAAGUCACUCCCAAUAAAGUUGUGAAAGUUGAUGGAGAAUCUCAUGCUUCUAUUAGUCAGCAGAGAAAUAAGAAUAAUACUGAUUCUGAAGUAGGGAGGUUCUCCGAGAGUCCAGCAAGCCAUGUCCAUGGCAAUGACCUUCCCGAUGGCAAAAUUUUCAAUGCAUCUCCUCCCUACCGGUUAAGAUCCAAGCGAACAGCAGUUGUCAAGUCUGUGGAGAAACAACUUGAGCUUGCAUUUGAUCAAGAAAAGGACAACGGAAUCAUGAGGAAAAUGGAAAAGUCUUCAACGUAGAGCAGCAUGAUGACACUGCGAUGACUGUAGGACUGUUUAUAAGAAACAAAAUUAUGAAGUGGCAUAUUGCAUAAGUUGGUUAAAGGCGGGACUUGCAGUUAAGACAUUGGCCAUCAGAAGCGGUCAACUGAUAGGAGUUUUAACAUGUUGUAAAAGCUUUCUCUGAAUCAAAAUAAAUUGAGCACGCUUGAAAGUUGAGUUUUGCAGACAAGAGAUUAAUACUACUACAAUGAAGGUGACAGGCAAGAGGUUUUGUUUUACUCUCGUGAAUAGAAUUCAUUAAAGUAUAUGUAGCAUGCUUGUUCGGGCACAAGAACAUCAAGUUCAUCAGAAAGAGAACCACCCAGCUUAUGCAACGGAGACCCAUAGUCUCCAAGCUUAUGAAAAAAGAUCAGAACUUGGAAAAGAACCAAAACUCUCAACAGAACCUGCAACUCCGGAAGAGGCUACGCCAAAGAUUGCUCAUGGCGAGCUUGAGGGGUUUGGAGAUCAUGAAUACGAUCACUCUGUACAGAACCAGGACUCGCAAGAGAACUUUGGAGCUGUAGAGAAAAUUGAAACUCUGAAAGAAGCUUUGCAAAAGCUUGUUCAUGUCAAGCUUGAGGGGGUUGAUGAUGAAGAUGAUCGUCACUUUAAACAGAAACAAAACUACUCGCAAGAGAACUUUGGAGCUGUAGAGAAAAUUGAAACUCUGGAAGAAGCUUUGCAAAAGCUUGUUCAUGCUCGAGGGGGUUGAUGAUGAUUAUCGUCACUUUAAACAGAACCAAAAUUCGCAAGAGAACUUUGGAACUGUGGAGAAAAUUCAUACUCUGGAAGACGUUUUGCAAAAGCUUCUUGAUGAUGAAUAUGAUAACUUUAAACAUCGUACUUUUGAGCAUGCUCCGGUGAAGCGUGUCCGAAUUGAUGAUGUUUUACGUCGGGCUAGAUUUUUGUUAAGGAAUAAAAGAAGAAAAUAUCGUAGAUCGCUGGUAGGAAAGAUUAAUGAUCAAUAUUCUUAGGAUUUUGAUCAAAUUAGAUGUUGGGAUUUCCAAUCCGCUUUUUAUAUAUGUAAUAUAUAAUAAUGACAUCUUAAUUAUAUCGUCUAUAGAUUUCUAA